UCUAAAAGUACUAUAAAGUGGGGAGCGCAGACGUAAUGCGCACAUACGUAAAGAACAGACAAUUCAUUCGUGGACAACGUCAGUCUACCACCAAGAACAAAAAAAUGAGGGAAAUCGUACAUCUGCAAGCCGGCCAGUGCGGUAACCAGAUUGGUGCCAAGUUCUGGGAGGUGAUAAGCGAUGAACAUGGCAUUGACCCAACUGGUACAUACCAUGGAGACAGCGACCUGCAGCUGGACAGGAUCAAUGUCUAUUACAAUGAAGCCUCAGGUGGUAAAUAUGUUCCCCGUGCUGUGUUGGUUGACCUGGAACCCGGUACUAUGGACUCCGUGAGGUCUGGACCUUUUGGACAGGUCUUCAGGCCAGACAAUUUUGUUUUUGGUCAGAGCGGUGCUGGAAACAACUGGGCUAAGGGUCAUUACACAGAGGGUGCAGAGCUGGUGGACUCUGUCUUGGAUGUAGUGAGGAAGGAAGCAGAGAGCUGUGACUGCUUGCAGGGCUUUCAGCUUACCCACUCCCUGGGUGGCGGUACUGGCUCUGGUAUGGGCACACUGCUUAUUAGCAAGAUCCGUGAAGAGUACCCAGACCGAAUUAUGAACACCUUUAGCGUGGUGCCUUCCCCAAAAGUAUCGGACACAGUUGUUGAGCCCUACAAUGCUACAUUGUCAGUCCAUCAGCUUGUAGAAAACACUGAUGAAACUUACUGUAUUGACAACGAGGCUCUCUAUGACAUCUGCUUCCGCACCCUCAAACUUACAACUCCCUCAUAUGGUGACCUCAACCACUUAGUUUCUGCAACCAUGAGUGGUGUCACCACUUGUCUCAGAUUCCCAGGACAGCUAAAUGCUGACCUGCGUAAGUUGGCAGUAAAUAUGGUGCCAUUUCCUCGUCUGCAUUUCUUUAUGCCAGGCUUUGCCCCCCUCACAAGUAGAGGCAGCCAGCAGUACAGAUCACUCACAGUGCCAGAGCUCACCCAACAAAUGUUCGAUGCCAAGAAUAUGAUGGCUGCCUGUGACCCACGUCAUGGCCGGUACCUGACAGUGGCUGCAAUCUUCCGUGGUCGCAUGUCCAUGAAAGAAGUGGAUGAGCAGAUGCUCAACGUGCAGAAUAAGAACAGCAGCUACUUUGUUGAGUGGAUCCCCAACAACGUCAAGACUGCUGUGUGUGACAUUCCUCCCCGUGGCCUCAAGAUGGCUGCCACCUUCAUUGGCAACAGCACUGCCAUCCAGGAGCUAUUCAAGCGCAUCUCUGAGCAGUUCACAGCCAUGUUUAGGCGCAAAGCUUUCCUCCACUGGUACACUGGUGAAGGUAUGGAUGAGAUGGAGUUCACAGAAGCGGAGAGCAACAUGAACGACCUGGUGUCAGAGUACCAGCAGUACCAGGAUGCCACUGCUGAGGAGGAGGGUGAGUUCGAGGAGGAGGGUGAAGAGGAGCUGGCUUAGUGUUCAUUUCCACAAAGCUCUGCUGUUUUCAGAAAGAUGCAACAUUCAGUGUCUCGGUGUUGUCUGUAAAUGGUAAUAAAUUCUCAUGCAUAUUGGAA